AUGAUGGAGAUCGCCUCUGCCGUCCGCGUGCCUUCACCGGAGCCAGCGCCUCUCCCCCGAAAGCGCGACCGCUCGCCUGCCGAAGCAGGACCUUCAAAACGACCGCGCCCGACAUCCUCAAGAAACGAUAACGAUGGAGCCGUUCAGGAGCCAGAACGAGAGCGAGGCGCCCGGCCGCCGCCGCCGCGCGAGGACGACGACGCCCGCUUCAGACAGCUCCAAGAGGCCAUGACGCUCAGGCGCAAGCCCGCCAUCGACGACUCGAAGACGCGAGCUGGUGGCGCGUACAUCCCGCCUGCCCGCCUGCGUGCGAUGCAAGCUGCCAUCACGGACAAAUCAAGCCCCGAGUUUCAGCGCAUGGCUUGGGAAGCCCUGAAGAAAUCCAUCCAGGGCAUGAUCAACAAGUGCAACACUGCAAACAUCAAGCAGAUUGUGCCAGAGCUGUUUGCUGAGAACUUGGUCCGGGGUCGUGGCUUGUUCUGCAAGGCCAUCAUGAAGGCGCAGGCGGCCAGUUUGCCCUUCACCCCCAUUUACGCGGCCAUGGUCGCGAUUGUCAACACGAAGCUGCCACAGGUCGGAGACCUGCUCUGUCGACGUUUGAUCGUUCAGUUCCGGAAGUCCUUCAGGAGAAAUGACAAGGCCGUUGCGGUAGCCUCGUCGACUUUUCUAGCGCAUCUGGUCAAUCAGCAAGUGCUCGACACCCUGGUGAUUGCUCAGGUUCUGUUGCUGUUGUUGGCCAAGCCUACGGAUGAUAGUGUGGAAAUCGCUGUCGGUAUCACAAGAGAGGUCGGACACUUCUUGGAAGAGAUGAAUGGGGCCAUUGCGAAUACCAUCUUCGAGCAGUUCCGUAAUAUCUUGCACGAAGCAGGUAUUGAGAAAAGGACACAGUAUCAGAUCGAGGUUCUGUUCCAGGUCAGAAAGGACAAAUACAAGGACAAUCUGUCUAUCAAGGAAGACCUUGACCUUGUAGAAGAGGAGGAUCAGAUCACGCAUCGCCCGGGCAGUCUCGACGACAAGGAGCUUGCCACCGAGGACACACUCAACAUCUUCAGGUUCGAUCCAGACUACGUCGAGAACGAGGAGCAAUAUAGCAAGUUAAGGGCUGAGAUCCUUGGAGAAGCUGGUAGCGAUGAUGAGGACGGUUACACCGACGCCACAGACUCAGAGGACGACGAGGGACAACAGGAAGACCGCGAGAUCGAGAUCAACGACCGCACGAAUGCAGAUUUGGUUAAGCUUCGACGAACCAUCUAUCUUACGAUCAAGAGCAGCUCCGGAUUCGAGGAGUGUUGUCAUAAGCUCAUGAGAGUCAACCUUCCGGGUGGUCUGGAAGAUGAAAUGACAUCCAUGAUCAUUGAGUGCGCGAGUCAAGAGCGAACGUAUGAGAAGUUUUACGGUCACAUCGGCGAGCGAUUCUGCAAACUCAAUCGCAUGUGGACCGACCUUUUCGAAUCCGACUUCGCGAAAUACUAUGACACGAUCCAUCGAUUCGAAAACAACAGACUCCGAAUCAUCGCGCAGUUCUUUGCCCAUCUGUUGGCCUCAGAUGCUUUGGGCUGGCACGUUCUAUCUGUCAUUCAUCUCAAUGAAGAGGACACAACUUCUAGCUCUCGUAUCUUCAUUAAGAUCCUUUUCGAAGAACUCAUUCAAGCCAUGGGGCAGAAAACUCUUGUCGCGAAGCUCCAAGAGGACUUCCUUCAACCCAGCCUAGCAGGCAUCUUCCCGACCGAUAGCCCAGCGAGCGCGCGUUUUGCCAUCAACUUCUUCACCGCUAUCAACAUGGGCGUGUUCACUGAAGGGAUGCGUAACUAUCUCAAGAACGACGCUCCGAAGCCUGCACCGUUGCCAGCAGUGGAGGAUUCAGACUCGGCGAGCGUGUCCUCCUACUCAUCCUAUUCCUCGCGUUCUCGUACGCGAUCGCGUUCACCCUCUCGUGGGCCUCCA